AAUGUGAAAUUGGUGCAAACUUGAGGGAUGAAAAGUGUAUUUUUCCCACCAUGUAAUGCCUCAACUUCACUAUAAAUACAUCUUAAUCACACCUACAUACAAUCACAAAUAUAUAGCCUUAUCCUCAAAUUUAAUUUGAACUACCAAAAUGGCUCUCUUCAAGUACUCUAAAUUACCAAUAUUUCCAAUCCUAUCCAUUUUUCUCUUCUUCGGAUACCUCCAAAUACGGGUUACCGCACAGGCAUGCGGCUGCAGAGCAAACGAAUGCUGCAGCCAGCAUGGCUACUGCGGCACAGGGGAAGUGUACUGUGGCAACGGCUGCAGAAGCGGCCGUUGCCAUGUCAGUAGUACCGGAAACAAAGUUUCCGAUACUGUGACGGCUGCAUUUUUCAACGGGAUUGCUAAUCAGGCCGGUGGAGGAUGCGCGGGCAGGGGAUUCUAUACCCGUGCUGCAUUUCUAGAAGCUGCCCGUUCUUAUCCGCGUUUUGGGGGAGUGGGAUCCGCCGAUGACUCUAAGCGCGAGAUUGCAGCGUUCUUUGCGCAUGUCACACAUGAAACUGGACGUAAGUUUUUGCAUACAACGUUAAAAGAGUUAUCUUUAUUUAUUUUUAUUAUAUAUAAUUUGUUUGUUGCAGAUAUGUGCCACGUCGAAGAAAUAAACGGACCGUCAAAGGCAGCGGAUUACUGCGACAAGCAAAACAAGCAGUAUCCAUGCAAAGCGGGGAAAGGUUACUACGGUCGAGGCCCCAUACAACUAUCGUGGAACUACAACUACGGAGCAGCCGGUGAAAGCAUAGGAUUCGAUGGUCUCAACAACCCUGAAAUCGUGGCCACAGACCGCGUGGUCUCGUUUAAGACAGCGUUGUGGUUCUGGAUGAAUGGAUGCCAUAGUAUUAUGACUUCUGGAAAAGGAUUCGGAGCUACGAUUCGAGCAAUAAACGGUCCAAAAGAAUGCGGCGGAGCGAAUCCGAGCACGGUUAGUGCUCGAGUUAAGUACUAUAGAGACUAUUGUAAUCAACUCCGAGUUGAUCCUGGAACUAAUCUUAGAUGCUAGGCUGGAUAUUGUAUUAUUGUGUUUUGAUUUAAUUUAGAGAUUAAUUAAUUAAUUAGUAGUUUGGGUUAAUCAGUUUUUGAUU